GUCAGCAUAUCGCCCGUUACGGUUCCCAACUACUCAUCCGAUCGUUCUCGACGUCUCAUUCGAUACCGAAUUUUCUAACACUACGAUUAUCAACAACAAUGGAGAACACAUGGGGCGUGCAGCCUGCAUCAUCGGGAAUGAACUUUUCAGCCGCUCCAGCAGCUGCCAUAUGGUGGGAUAUGUGUCCCAUCGGCGCGCAACAAUUCCAGGGAUCAGCCAACGAGACACUUCCCACCCGGACUCACGAGCCCCUCGCCGAUGUGCUUGAGGAAAUCGGAAUUGGAUCCACAAACGGGUCCCAUACAGUUCUAGACAUCAAAGCCUUCACAGAUUCACUUGGAGGCCGCCCGAUCUACAGUCGUUUCGUGCUUGGCAACGCCGCAGAUCAACUGACUCGAGCUCGCAGCGGCCAGGACGUUACACUGUUGGAUUGCUAUGGCAAGCCUUUCUUCCUCCCAGGAGAAAUAUUUUCUUCGUUCGAUGAAGCUCCUGUCUUGUUCUACUCCGGAAUCCAUGAACUCACUGAAAUCUUCCAAGCUGAUGACGUCCGCCCUGCACUCCCAGUUUUUCUAAGAUCUGGAGAACGUCAAGAAGUACGCACUGAUCACGUCGACACUAGUCAUCUGAGAGCUGGUGACCCGUUACCAGAAAGCCCCGAACUUCACAGCCGUCCCAGCCUAGCGUUCAUAAUGGACUUGUACGGGUGGUAUUGGCGCUCCAGCGGCGCGCCCGACAUCUUGCACCAUAGCCUUCGAGAGCUCGUACACACGGUCCGAAUCUCCAACAUCGUCUGUAUAGGUCUCGGAACUCUGGAAGCUCCAGACCUUGCGAAAGCUCGCUCGUUAGUGCAGCAUAGGACUGCUUCUUUCAUUGCUCACGAUCUCGAACAAUUGUAUGAAGUAGAAGGCAUACCGCUCGAAAAGCCCAUCAAAAUUAUUGCGCAAGACCCUGCUUACACCUCCCUCGACCGCAUGACGCUUUCUACGCUAGCAGAACCGAUUGAGGUAGUGAGCGAUCCUCAAGGCUUCCUGGCCAUCAAUGAAGGCUCCCUUGUGUUCUCGAGCUGGCCUUCAGUUCCAGUCAAACAACUUAUAGCCGAUCUUGCGACCGAACUACCGGAUGGCAAAGGUCCUGCUGCCCUAUUCUUGAACAACAACCGUAAGGACAAAGAUUUUGGCGACAUAGAUGUGGCCAGGUACGAUCUUCGUCGUUAUGGCCCGGUGCGUUACAUAAACGCGGAAACAAAGGCGUACGUGGAAAUGCUUGAGUCUUAUACAAGGGUUUUCGAUGGUGAACAACAGUUUGGGAUUGGUUUCACGGGUAAGUUACCAGAUUUCGAAUGGUUCCCGGAUAUGGAUAUUUGGGGUCGUGAAGAGUAGUCUGAUGGUGGAAACACUCCUUCACGUAAGGUGGCUUCGCACAACAGGCAGGUAUGAGCGGUUGUGAUAAUCCUGAUCAAGGUUCGCACGUUGGCUUCAAUCAACGC